GAGAGGAAGCUCCCAAUGCCCGGAGUGCCAAGCAGGGGACACCCUCUUCCUCUCGGAAAAUAAGUCCGAGGGAGAACGGGCCGGGGCCGGUGGUGCAGGACUGAGGAGAGAGGCGACGCCAGGCAGGAACUGAGGGCAGCGUUGGGCGGACCAGCCGUGAGUCCCGCCCCGCCCACAACACGUGCCAGGCGCCAAGCGACCGGCUCGGAGGGAGACGCGGGGGCAAAAAUCACCGAGACAGCGCGGAGUCUGCACAGGUAUACUGGCCAAAUACAGCAGCUCUGCAUAGACCAUGGCUCAUCUCUCCUCUUCAACUCAGGUUAAUGAAAGCUGUCCAGUCAUGACUUUCUUGGAUUGAUUGUAUAUCUCCAUGGCAGUGGAAUUAGUUCUCUGGUGCUGAGAGUGAGACCCUAAAACAAAGAAGAACACAAAUCAUGUCUCGAGGACUUCCAAAGCAGAAACCAAUAGACGGUGUUAAGCAAGUUAUAGUUGUGGCUUCUGGAAAGGGUGGAGUUGGAAAGUCUACUACAGCAGUGAACCUUGCACUUGCUUUAUCAGUGAAUGAUUCGUCAAAGGCUGUUGGUUUGCUAGAUGUGGAUGUGUAUGGCCCUUCUAUUCCGAAGAUGAUGAAUCUGAAAGGAGAUCCAGAGUUAUCACAGAGUAACUUAAUGCGGCCUCUUUUGAAUUAUGGUAUUGCUUGUAUGUCCAUGGGCUUCCUGGUUGAAGAGACUGCACCCAUUGUUUGGAGAGGCCUUAUGGUAAUGUCAGCCAUUGAGAAACUGUUGAGGCAGGUAGAUUGGGGUCAACUGGACUAUUUAGUUGUUGACAUGCCACCAGGAACUGGAGAUGUGCAGUUAUCAGUCUCACAGAAUAUUCCUAUUUCAGGAGCUGUGAUUGUCUCCACACCCCAGGACAUUGCAUUGAUGGACGCACAUAAGGGAGCUGAGAUGUUUCGAAAAGUCCACGUGCCUGUUCUGGGCCUUGUCCAAAAUAUGAGUGUUUUCCAGUGUCCAAAAUGUAAACACAAAACUCAUAUAUUUGGUGCUGAUGGUGCAAGGAGACUAGCACGGACCCUUGAUCUUGAUAUUCUAGGAGACAUUCCCUUACAUCUUAAUAUACGGGAAGCUUCAGAUACAGGCCAGCCGAUUGUGUUUUCACAGCCUGAAAGUGAUGAGGCCAAAGCCUACCUAAGGAUUGCUACCGAAGUGGUAAGAAGAUUGCCACCACCUCCAGAGUGAUUCCCCAAGUGUCUUGGAAAUCCGCCUGGUUCUUGACAGUAAGACCUUUGGAAAUCAGCAGUGUGGUGGUGAAACCUACAGAAAUAAUAGCAAUCAUAGUUGUUUUCUUGUAUUUCUAAAGAAAUAAUGUCUUAUCUUCAGAUUUGAUUUGCUAAACAAUGACUUACAAAUAAAGUUUUUACAUACCGAUGCUUACUGCUACAUUUAGGAAUUUUUUUGCAAGCUGUUGUGUACCAGCGUCACAGAACUGCAUUUUAUUUUAUUGAACUACCCCUUAAGGAAUCACGAGUUUAUAUUACAAGCCCAACCUUCAGUUCAGGAGAGAACUGUGCUCUUUUUGCAGGACUACAGAGUUAAAGAAUUUACUGAAUGUGAGUAUGGAUGUUAAGUGUGACAUCUCUCCAUCAGGCAGUUUGAUCUGGGUUUGAAUCCUGCCUCUAGUACUAUCUUGGACACAUUCUUGUUCCAGAUAAACCUCUACUUCUUCAUCUGGACUCGACUCUCCCCUAGACUUAAUAAAUCUCAAUCUCCAGGGGUGGAGUCUGGACAUGUGUGUUUUUAACAAGAUCAUAAUGAUUCUGAUUAUGAUGGCAAUAAUAAUAGUAAUUAACAUUUAUCAAGUGUUUUUUCGUGUCCUUAUAGUUAAUCUUUCAUUCAUAUGAGUGGGGUACUGUUGUUGUUUCCACUUUACAGAUGGGGAAACUGAGAUAUGGGAAAGUUAACUGUCUUCCUGAAGGUUACUGUCUAGCAAAUGGAGGUUUGAAAUUGGGCAGUUGGAUACUGGAUCCUUCCUUUUGUACACCAAAGGGCAUUUGUUUAUUUCAAAAGAGGAAUAGGAUUAUAGUAUUCAGAAUUUCCUCAAACUUAUUUGACCAUGAACUCCCCCAACCUCCCCUUUAGGAGCAUUUCUUGGAGUUCAUAUUUCAAAGAAUACACCUGGAAAAGCAUCUUGUCUGGUUGAGGCUGAGAGAGAGAGAGAGAGAGUCAGUCAAGGGCUUCCCAAGGUUAUAAAGCUGCAAGUACUGAUAAGAAUCAUUAGUUAAUCCUCACUUACAAGGAGGUGGUCUGUGACCUUUGGCAAAUGCCUGAGUUCCUUUGCUCUGUAGUUAAGCAGCCAGAAAAUUAGGUAAAGAGUUACAUAUCAAGCUUUGGUAAACUUAAGAAAAUUGAAAUCGUAUCAAGUAUCUUUUCCUACCACAAUGCUAUGAGAGUAGA